AUGAACCUGGAUGCUUUGUUCCAGCAAAUACAGCUCACAGAGAAACAGGCGAGGGAGAAGAGGCUCCUCAUCCAACAAGCUAAGUUCGACAUAAAUAGAAGUUAUGAAAAAAUUAACCAAAUAAAAGAAGAGCUGAGCACUGCAAAAAUGAAGUUAGAAACUAAGGUUCAGCAUCUGUCUGAAAAACAGUUCUACCUAGAAAUUCUGAAGAAACGUGAAGACAGCUUAGAAAAACAGAAAACUGAACUUAUUAAUCAAAAAAGCAGUCUUCUUAAAAUCUUUACAGAUGCAAAGAGAAAAAUGAAUGAAGAGGAAGAUAAUUUUACUAGAGAAGUAACAGAAUUUAACAAUGAGUAUGGACUAACAAGUAAUAGAGAUCUCCUGAUUAAAAAAAAAGUCAAGACUGAAAUAAAUGAUUUAGAGAAUGAGGCGGCUCUGUUGAAAAAUGAAAUGGAGUCAAUGGAACAUAAAAAUGUUCAGUUAAAUGCACUCCAGCUGCAGAAGAAUGAAUUAAAGCAGGAUUUAUUUACUCUUCAAAGCGAACUCAAAGACCUUGAGAAAAUAAUCAGGGAGGCUGAAAGAAUGACGAAAGAUUUAGAAGCAGAAAAAGUCCAAGUCAUUGAAAAACCUCAGACUGAUCCUGAAUGUUUAAGGCUUAAGAAAGAAUUGGAAAAUUGCAAAGAUGAUGAUUGGGAAAGUAUCUGUGAGACUAUUCGAACAGAAAUUGAAAUUCUGCAAAUGAAUCUAUCACAAAAAAAGUCUUCAGACAAGUGA